UUUUUUCAAAGAGCUUACUAUAUUCACCAGUAUUCUGUAUUUCGAUUACGUUUACGCAUUCAGUUGCGCAAUGAUCGAAAAAAGGUAUUCCAACAAAAAACUGAAUCGUAAGAAAAAGAAGAAGCAAUUCCAUUCCGUUUAAAGGCUGUACUGAAUUUCGAUUGUAGUUACGUUUUUGUAAGACCUGGUUCACGCUAGGAAACUUUUUUUGGGAAACUUUUGAUUUUUGUGUGAGAGAGAAAGAAAUAUCAACCAUAUAUUUCUCUCACGUACAGACUUAAUAUAAUAGGCACAAAAGUUAAAUAAAAUUAGUUUACAAUUAAAUAUAUAGUUUAUACAAUUAUAACGGAGAAAAAAAAAUUCCGCCGAAAUUUUCGGGUUUCUAGGAAGUUUUCCAAGACAUGCUACAUACCUUAAAUCCACAUUUUACUCAAACUUACCGCCAAACCGCAAUUCACCCAACCUUAAAGGUAGCCAUUUUCCUUAAAUUUUUAGCCACUGGUAGUUACCAAAGGCCAGUGGGAAAUGACUUCCUUGUCUGCGUAUCACAGUCAACAUUUUGUAGAAUUCUGGAUGAGUGUUUGUCAAUUUUUAGCAACAUAUAUUGUACUAAAAAAAUAUGCUUGAAAAUGACUCAAGCAGAGGAACAACACACAAAACUUCGAAUUCAUGAAAAGUUCAAUUUUCCGGGAGUAAUAGGAUUUGUGGAUGGGACUCAUAUCCGGAUUAAAUGCCCAAGUAGAUGUGCAGGACCACAAGGUGAUACCGAUCCCGGAAACAACAGGCAAAUAAAUCCGGUGUCAUAUUAUAAUAGGAAAGGAUAUCACAGUAUAAACGCCAUGAUAAUAUGCGAUGAUAAGCUUUUAAUUCGGUUUGUGGACGCUAGACACCCUGGAAGCAAUCAUGAUUCCUUUAUAUGGAAAUCCAGCCAAGCUGACCAGUAUCUCAAUAAUUUACAUACAAAUGGAAAAAGAAAUUUUUGGUUAUUGGGAGAUUCCGGAUACCCACUUCUACCAUACUUGAUGACACCUUUAAGAAAUUGCACUAACCAUCGUGAAGAAUUGUACAACAAAAGCCACAUUCAAGCCAGAAAUACUGUUGAACGUUGUAUUGGUGUUCUCAAAAAUCGAUUUAGGUGCAUUUUAGGAGAAAGGGGACUUCACUACGAACCGGAAAGAGUAAUUAAGAUUAUCAAUGUAUGCUGCGCAGUUCAUAAUGCUUGUAUUAAUUAUAAUGACGAUCUCUCGGAAGAUGUUGAAAUACAGCACAAUUUUGAAUCUGAUAUGCCUGAUGGUAACGCUAGUACUAUUGGUAAUGAAAUAAGGAGUAUUAUAAACAAUUUUUAUUAAAUUUAUUAAUAACAAUAUAUUAAAAAAUAAAUAACUAA